AUGGUGAGCGGGCCUCAGGCCGGGCAGCCGCACGGGCCCCGCGCCCCGUCCGCCAUCCUCUGUGCCUCGGUCCUCCGCGCCCCGCGCCCCAGCCGGUCCGGCGCCGCCGCGCGCUCCGUCCGCGCUCGAGCCCGGCGCUCGGUCGGGGCCCGGGCCGGCGCCUGCGCAGUGGGCGCCCGGGAGGCCCGCGCACCGGGGGGCGCCCUGAGCCGCGGGUGGGCGAGAAACGCUAGGCGAGAGGAGCAGAGCCCGGCGAGGUCGCGGUCCGCACCGCCUCUCGCGCAGGUGCUCAAAGCGCAGGAAAGUUACAGCGGGGAUGCCACGGACACCUGCACACCUGGGCAGGUGCGGUCGGCCCUGGGCCGGGGACAGACGCGGGCUUAUCGGUACGCGGUCCGUGGGCAGGGCCCGGGAAGCUCCACACGCAAGUGCUCCUGUGGCUGGGCUCGUGUGCUGGCAAGACACGUUCCCCGCCAAGGUGCCCUGGGCUACCCAUCCUCCCGCUGUGGGCGCGCUGAACCCAGCCUCCCACGAGGAAGGGUCCCCCCACCACGGAGGCCCGGGGCACAGCCCUCUGUCGGCAGCCCGGGCGGAGAGGCGGGAGCACCAUCAGCGGCAGGGCGCCUUCGUGUGCUUGCCGCCAGCGGCAAGGAAAUGGCACACACCGCACACCGAGGGAACCGGAGUCGUCGUGCGGAAGCCAGAGCGGUCCGGAAAACCCGCGAUGGAAGGCGUGGGAGGCCGUUCCGGCGGGACUGCCCCAGGGAAGGAGCUCCUCCGGCCGGAGAAGCGUCGUCCGCGCUGUCCCGGUGCUGUUUCCUGACCGUGGCUUGGGAGCCCCGCCUGCAAAGUGGAUCCAAGAUGAAUCGAAGCGACCAGCCCACACCGCGUUUCUCCUUAGCAUGUCCAGCACCUUCCGAUUUGUCUCCACUGUCAAAACCAAUGAAUUGUGUAUGCCAAACCUCAACCAAAAAUCUGGACCCUGGAUCAACAUUUUUAUUUUAAAAUUUGCUUUCCUCCUCUCCAUAGUUGUCCCCAUCCUUCCACCUCUUUGAAAUCCACUAAUUCACUCAUUCACAGAUUGCCAAAACAUACUGAGUGCCAAUUCUGUCCUCAGAAUGUGAGUGAAGCGGACAGAACCUGCCAUGAAACGUUCUGUCUAAAGUCACUUUUUAAAGUAAAUUAGUAACAUGUAGUUACAAACUAUGUUGCUUCUCUGAAGAAAAGAUACAGGGUGUUGUGGAGAAUGUUAAAAGGGCAGCUAAUGUAGCUUGGGGUUCAGGAAGGAACUCUGUAAGGACAUCAUGAAUAAGCCACCAGCCAUCUUCUUCCUGGUUCUCCAUCAGCAGGACCUGAGACAUGGAUCUGGGUGCAGGCAGUGUAUUUGGGAAACCGCACAGAGGGAGAGCAAGACAGGAGGGAGGGAGAGUUGAUAGGCUGCAUCACCAAGCUGGCCACCCCUGGGGACAGCAGAGGCUCAGUCUGGCUGGGGAGCCCCAAAGGUACUGUAUGGAAUGCACCUCAGAAUCACCUCACUGCUUGAGGGUUGGAAGGCUGGACAUUUUUUGUCUGACUUCCAUCACCAGUGAUUGACAGUUGCUUCCCCACCCUCGGGUCCUCUGGCUGACUGAGUCCCAGUGCUUCAAAAAAAGCCACAAGGUUGACUGGCAGGGUUUGAGGUGCCAGCAGGAGAGUGCAAGGGGACUCAGUGGGUUCAGAGGUGGCCUCUGCCUGAACCCUGGGUAAGGAAUGUGAUUCAGUCAUGGGGAGAAAGGUUCUAGGCAGAAAGGCAGGCCUGAAGACCCAGAGAGGUGCAGGGCCUUGUACUGUGAACAGAGUAACUGGAACAAAGGGGGACAGUAGCACGAACACGUCUGGAGGGUGAACCUGUGGUUUAAAGACAUUUCAAGACUUGAACUGUAUUCUAUAUACAAUGAAAUUUUAGGUAGGAUCUUGAGCAGGGAAAUAAAUGUUCUACAUAGACAAUCAUGCCA